CAAUUGCAUUUUCAACAAAGUUGGUGCAGCGAUAGACUUUCUACUUCUGUUCAUACAUAUGUUAAGCGAUAUAUUGUUGGCUGUAAUAGUGAAACCGGGGUGGUAUCCGUAGAGACACUUACUCGGUCCUUUCGUCGAUAGAACGCACCACUAAACAACUGAUUGUAUUGCUGCUAGUCCCAACCUAUAGCAAGACCAAUUUGCGGUGGUGCGGUUUGCUGGAAGUUCAAGUCCUUGAUUGGUUGUUGUUCAUCCUGAUUGUGCAAGCACUAGCUCAUCUAACUCAGAACAAUCCCAAUCAUCAUACGGGCUCAACAAGAAGGGGUACGAUUUACCGCGCUCAAGGUUCCGUGAGGAUCUUACAUAAGACCCAACGACAUCUAUCGGAAGCACCAUCUCUAAGGAUUGGAUCCUUCUGUGUGUUGCAGUGUCACGAUGGCAUCCGACUGGCCCAGUACUCGAGUCGCCCAGGGUGGGCUGUUCCACGCACCCAAAGCGAAAUAUACCAAAGAAACGCAGGACCUCAUCAAAGUGCUUAUGGAAGAAGCCAAGCUGACCAUUCUGCAGCGUAACAAAAUCAACUACCAUCUGCGCACCGGAGAACCGCUACCCCCACCGAAGGAACCCAAGUUCGAGCAGGAGUAUAGCAACUUCCUGCCGGUUCCGAUUCCCCGCAAGAGCAUCAAGAAGCGCUCCCUUUCGACCAUCAUCGAGAGCGGCGCCUUCGACGUCGAGAAGUACACACCGAAGGAGGUGAAACAACCCAUUGAGAAGACCAAACUGAAGCUGCAGGAGCAGAUGGCUGGAUGUAAAAUCUUCCCGGAUGAUGGCAGGCGAAAAGUUACCCGACGACAGAGUGACAGCGAGCUUCUGGAGUACAACAUGCCCGAUCGGGAGGCAGAACUCCUCGAAGAAAUCAACGAACGUGUCGAGUGGUUGUCGGAAAUGGAAGCUUUGGGUGAGGGUAAGAAACAUCGUCAGGUGAUCCAUGCCCAGAUCGCCGAUCGAUUGAACGAGCUCAAGCGUUUGGAAAAAGAUCAAAUGAAACGAUCGGCUUCCGAAGAAACUUGAGCGCAAAUAUACUGUUUAAAGAUUUAGAAUGUUCGGAUUUUUUAGAAGUUGAAAGGUAGCAAGCUAAUAAAUAAAUCUUCCAAGUGUUUAAUAAAUUCAAAAAUAGGUUACUUAUGCUAAGACAAAUAUUACACACGUUUGCGUAAAACUUCCCACCGCGAGGGAAUUCGAUCCCAUUUUUUUACUAUAUUUUCUUACUUGCCCACCAUGACAAAGUUCUGCUCGUGAAACUCGACGUUUACAAUCAAUGGAUUAUCGAUUAUAUGGUACGAAUAUCUUUGAAAUUUUGGAAGUUUUCAUUGUGUGUUUAAACAGCUUUUGAUGAACUUAUUGUAUUAUGUUAUAGGAAAGACGCCGAAAAGAAUACUUUUUAAUAAUAUAUGAACUGGUUUCUUAAGCCAGAAUCUGAUGGAAAUA